CACUCGUCUGUCUUCGCUUGAUAUUUUCUGUCUUGUUUCUUCUUUAAUUUGAAAAACAACCGAAAAUGAAGAGAGCUACACAUUUUGAUGAUGUUACCAAUAUUUGGUCGGGUCCAAGCAGCGACGUUGUAGUUGAUAAAUAUGAAAAUUUUGGUGAAUUUCUAUUAGAAAAAUUGAAAUGGAUCCAGAAUUGGUGACACAAAUUAACGGUGACACGGGUGAAACAUUGACCAAAAGUAAACUACGCAUUCGUUCGAUACGAUGUGCUCAAAACUUAACAAAGUUGGGAUGCACACAAGAUGAUCGCAUUGGCGUUUCAGCACGAAAUCACCACAACCUGACACCACUUUUGUACGGAGCUAUUUUCAAUGGUUCCCCAAUUUGCCCGUUCAAUGCUCUGACUGUCAAAUAUAGAAUUUACGUACUUCUUGAUCGAGUGAGACCAUCGUUCAUUUUUUGCGAUGCCGAUGUGUUGGCCUCAGUCAAAGAAAUCGUCAAUAAUAUCGGCUUUAGCUCAAAGUUUUUCAUCGUAAAUGGAUGGGCCGAUGGUUACGAAUCAAUUGACAGCUUGAUGAAUGAAACUGGCGAUGAGGACUCGUUCGUAAAGAUAGAGGAUGCGUUUUCAUAUGCUGCAGUCAUCUCAUGUUCUUCAGGAUCAACCAGUAUGCCAAAAGUGGUUGGUAUAAGUCACGCGCACUUCAUCCACACACUCAAAGUGCAAUUCCUCGGAUCCAAACACACCGCUUUCAGUUUCAGCUCGAUGUUUUGGAUUGCAGGCACUCUGGGAAUGUUAAGAUGUGCAUUAACAGUUACUCGUGUCUUUACAGCGAAACCAUUUUCACCUGAUUUAUUUUUUGACUUUGUGGAGAAGUACAAGAUACACCAGUCUCCAGGUGCCGCUCUGUUUUUCUUGUUUGACGUUUCCUAUCUGUUUAUACAGACGAUCAGAGAGGCUGAAGAAAAUUCACAAAAAAUAACCAAAAGUACCUACGGACAACGCAGGCCAACGUUGCAAUUUUUCUUUGGUCCGCCGUGUCAAAUACAAGCCUUCUUGAAAAGUGAGCGAUGUGAGAAUGCGGAUUUGUCAUCGUUGUUGGUAUGUUUUUCGGUUGGUGGUUUUGUGCCAUCCGUUUUGGUUCAAACUUUGAAGAAACUCGUCCCAAAAUGUCUUCUGCUCACAACAUACGGGAUGACUGAAGUCUGCGGCAGCGCCACUUGUACCCUGCCAAAUGAAUUGGAAGAACAGCCAAACUCCGGUGGCCGAUUGGUGCCGGGUUUCAUAAUAAAGAUUAUCAAUGAAAAUACCGGCGAAAAGUGUGGAAUUGGUGAAGAAGGCGAAAUUUAUAUAAAAACUCUAAUGCCAUCAGUGGGUUAUUACAAAGAUGAAACAGCCACAAGAAACUCAUUCGAUAAAGAGGGAUAUUUUAUCAGUGGUGAUUUGGGUUAUUUCGAUGGAUCCGGUAGAUUGAUUAUUAUCGGAAGAAAGAAGGAGAUUUUUAAAAAUUGCGGUUUCGCCAUUUGGCCGGCAGAACUAGAGAGCCUCAUCGUGAAUAAUCCAGCCAUCAAGGAUGCUUCUGUCGUCAGUGUUUUUGACGAUGAUAUUAUGUCAGAUCUACCGGCUGCGGUUGUUGUCAAGAAAGAGAGCCAUUCAAUUACAGAAGAUGAAGUUUAUGCAAUUAUUGCCGAUAAAUUGGCCAGCUACAAGCGGCUUGACGGUGGCGUUUACUUUGUCGAUGAAUUGCCUAUGACGCCAUCUGGCAAAAUAAUUCGGCCAAAGGUGAAAGAAAUCACUCAAAAUAUUUAUCAACAACGGAAACUGAGUCAGAAAUCAUGAAAACCAACACCAAUUUAAUCAUAGUAAAUAAACAGUUACAAAUACCUCUGU